AUGGCUUCAUUUCAGCUACUUCACUCUCUUCCACUCUUUCUCACAAACCUUAAACUUCAAAAAAAUCACAGAAAAGCUUCAUUUUUAGCUUCAGAUUCAGAGCCUCAAAAUAGUCAUACGCUCACACAUAUUGCUAGAGAUUCAUACACUUCUAACAAUGGAGCUCUUGACUCGCCAAAACCCACUCGCCGAGUCAGAACAAAGAAACCCACUUCGUCCUCUUCUUCUUCUUCUUCUUCUUCUUCAACCAUUACACCAAAGAAAACCAAGCGUUCGACAAAAACAAAAGUCGAAAAAUCCAAACUUGAAGCUAAAGAGACCACAAACGAAGCUAAAAACACAGACCCAGAUCCAAAUUCCGAUGAACUCUUCGACUACGACGAUGGAAUUGACUUUCCAUACUUGGACCCACCUCUGAUUUGCUGCUUCGGCGGUGCACGCAAAGAGUUUGUGCCCACAGUCCGAGUCUCCGAUAACCAAAUGCACCCUGACAUAUACUCGGAGUGGAAGAAUCUCCAGUGGGACCCACCAGAGUUCGUGAGAGCUCCAGGUGGGCCCCCAUCCAACGUGGCGAUCUCGCACGUGCGGCUCGGCGGGCGUGCGGCGUUUAUGGGAAAAGUUGCGAAGGACGAGUUUGGGGAAGAGCUGGUGAGGACGAUGAAUGUGGAGAGAGUGCAGACUCGAGCUGUGAAGUUUGAUAAGAGUGGUGGUGUUAAAACUGCUUGUGCGUAUGUGAAGAUUGUGUUUGAUGAGGAUGGGAAGAUGAGGAGCGAGGUUGUGAAAGAGGCUGCUGAGGAUUCUCUUCUUGCUGAUGAAUUGAACCUAGCUGUGCUCAAAGAGGCUAGACUUUUUCAUUUUAAUUCAGAAGUUCUGAUCUCCCCUUUGAUGAAAUCUACCCUUUUUAGGGCAAUUGCAUGGUCUAAAAAGUUUGGAGGUCUUAUAUUCUUUGACUUGAAUCUGCCCUUGCCUCUGUGGAGAUCACGUGAUGAGACAAGGGAGAUAAUCAAGAAAGCCUGGAGCGAAGCAAACAUCAUUGAGGUUUCAAGGCAGGAGCUAGAAUUUCUUCUAGAUGAAGAUUAUUAUGAGAGGAAAAAAAAUUACAGGCAUGAAUAUUAUGCUGAAAAUUUUGAGCAAACCAAGAACCGGCGAAAUUACUACCAUUAUACACGAGAAGAAAUCUCUCCGUUGUGGCAUGAUGGUCUUAAAUUUUUGUUUGUGACUGAUGGAACUCUUCGAAUUCAUUACUAUACCCCUUCAUUCGAUGGAGUGGUGAUUGGGACAGAAGAUGUGCUCAUCACCCCAUUUACCUGUGACAGGACUGGCUCUGGUGAUGCUGUUGUGGCAGGUAUUAUGAGAAAGCUGACCACUUACCCUGAGAUGUUUAAAAAUCAAGAUAUUUUGGAGAGGCAGCUUCGCUUUGCAAUUGCUGCAGGAAUCAUAUCACAAUGGACUAUUGGUGCUGUGAGAGGUUUUCCUACUGAAAGUGCAGCACAAAAUUUGAAAGAACAAGUUUAUAUACCUUCAAUGUGGUAGAGCAGAAAAGGUUUACGUACCUUUAACACAGAGCAGAUCAUAAAACAUGAUUAUUCGUAGCUUUCAAGGCGUUUAUUGUAUGUUAUCUAGAGCAUUGAGAAUUUUGUCUCUAAUGAAGGUGAGGAAGAAGUUUUGAAAAGAUUCCAUGAAAUUUUUCACGGGUCCAAUUUGUUGGAUUCCAGGCCAUACUGAAUCAGUUAUAAUAGUGCACUUGAUUAUGUGCAUUUUGUUGGUGAGAAAUGACUUAACAGUUCCUCUUGUAAUGAUAUCAGAAUUUUUGUGGUCAA